AUGUACCCUUUCAUGAACACCGCUUUUUUUCUAGUCAGCCACCUUGGGAAAAGGAGCAGCUCGCUUCCGUCCAGGACUUUCUCGAGCUCAAGCUCUCAAAAGCCUCCCAUGAUGUACUAGUUCACGACAUUGAGUUUGGUGAGUUAGGGAUCGACUAUAUCACGACGGGUGACCAUAACCAUUUCAGGCAACUCUGGCUAUCACAGGGUGUCGACUUCAUCCACAGAUUGAUGACUGAGAGCUCAUACGACGGCAAAAAGGCGUUAUUAAAGUCUGCGUUCGUUGCUGGUAAAGUCGACCUUUACGACGCGCUUAUGUCGCCGCCCGAAACAGACUUAGACGACGAUACCCCACUUUCUGGUUACGCUGAUAAAGACCUGGCGGCUCUGUUUCCGCCUGCUGAAAGCCGGGACCAGGACACAGACAAGGGACCAUUUGAAGCAUGGCGUGUGGCCUUCAACCCUUGGCCACGCAGUGCGUGGGUCAUGCUCACAAACAAUUCUGGAUUGAGAGAGCGGGCUUAUGUCUUCUGGGACUUGGAUCGCAUCGAAACUUACGGCAUGCUGACACUGUUUGAAAAUGCCCCGGAAGAUUCUGAGCUUCAAUGCGCUUAUGAUGAUAUAGACGAGAUGCACGAGUCAUUUGAAGAGCGCUCAAAGAUUUGGCAAAAGGGCGGUUCGGGUUAUUGGAGCAAAAAUGAUGAAAGCAGAAUUAUAUGGCCGACGCGGGAAGAUGGGAACUAACCUGAGAAAUAUGUGGGUCCUGAGGUCUUGAGCACCCUGGCGUGCUGAGCCAUCGGCUUUAAAUCCUAUUCUGUGGGUCGCAUAUAGCAUCGGAGAUGCCAUUUUCACCUCCAGCCCUAGAGACAUCUUUGCCUUGUAGGCAACGUUUAUAUGCAAUAUCGAACACGCGACACGGAGGUAUUUGUUGCUGGUGUGCCCUCGAUUAAAUACAAUAGAUACCUACC